GUUAGUAUAAAAGAUCCAUUACAGCGAGCAGAGUUAAACUGAGGAUGAGGUGCCUUACGCUGUUAACUCUAUUAGUUUUGGCGCUGCUCGCCAGCUGUGCGACAGCUGGCAAGGUGAGCAUCAAGGGCGAGUGUGUGGAUUGCCAUAGAGAUGGUACGACAACUCGUCGACCAAGUCGAACGCGUGGUCGCCAGACGACGCCCAAACCGAAGCCGAAGAGCACGAAACACUCUGAUGAAGAUGAUGAUGCUGGCUGGAUGCUGAGCCAGGGCGGCUACGGAGCGCAGAGUAUCUCGAGAGGCGGUCGCUACAAGAGGCAGGGCUAUCAGCAGAUAAUUACCAGUGAUCCAGGUCUAGGUGGCGGUGGCUGGUCAGGUGGCCGUGUGACCACAAUCAAUACACGUGGACGUCCAGGUACCUAUGUGCAUAACGAUGACUGCGUCGGCUGCAACAUAAAUGGUUAAGGGGCACACAAUGGGGGCUUGAUUAAAUUUCAAUAAACGUAUUCUCGAGCGCCAGCUAA